AUGGCUCUUGUAAAUUAUGCUGAAUCAGAUUUUUCUGGAUCGGACUCUGAGGAUGAACUUGUUGGAGAAGCAAAUUUCCCCAAAACGGCAGAUAAUUCAAAGACCUCAUCAAACUUUAGUGACACAGUUGAAGAAGAAUACAAGAUGCGAAUUCCAAAAAAUGCAAAACCAUUGCUAGAACCUCUGAAUAUUUCACGAAAGUCCGCAUUAAAUGGGAAGGUGAUACUAACUAUUCCUACCACUGAAGAGCUGGAUUCUUCCGAUGAAAGUGAUUCAGAUCAGCCUCAAGCUUCCAAGAAACCUGUUCAAAAGCCUGGUUCUGGCAGCGGUGCCAAGGGCCUUCUCGACGUCCUGCCACCUCCGAGAGCGCUCAUUGUCCGUGAAGGUGACAAGCCCAUCAUGCCGUCAAUGAUCCCUCAGCAGGUAAAGCGACUGGUCAAGAACAAGCCAGUAGAAAAGCCAGCUAUUGUCGACGAUGAACAGUGGGAUGUGGAAGACGAGGGUGAUGUCAGCGGGGGGUUCUUCUCCUUCUACGACGCAAAGGAGGACGCUGAAAAGGCGGCGGCGGAUGUUGAAGCGGUGAGGCGUCAGACGCAGAAGACGCUUGUGGAGGCAUCUUCUCGUCACCAACCGAUUCCUGCGUCAGCUGGGCCUCCUGAAGAGGCAACACACGAGUGUCCCCCUCCGCAGGUCGUGAAACCCUUCAAAGAUUCGGAACUUCCAAAACCCCCCGGCUUAUAUGGUGAUGAAAUCGACGAAGAUGUCGAAUCUGUCUUCACUGAAGAAACCUUCAUUCCCGGUCCUGAGAGGAAACGGGCACGGUGGGGCGCCAGCGUGGCGGAAGUGCUGGCCUCGGGAGCCGUGAAGGAGGUGCGCCAGGAGGACCUCACCGCCGGCGCCAAACUGGAGCUCAUUAAGAACGUGACGACAGGUGCCGGUCGACCGAAGCCCCAACACCUCGUCGACAAUCCUGGCAAACUCGCCUUCAGAAAACACCAAAUAACAUGGCUUGCGUACAAGGCUCAAGAACAGGAGUACGAGUUGCAGGAGCAGUGGGCUGAGGCUCGCAGGAACCAGGCACAAAGUCGACAAAAACGGGGCUGCACGAAGCUGCUUCGAAACCGUACGGUGCCACCAUUGGACACUCCGGUGCGCAUCUGUGCGAACCGGCCGGCCGAGUUACAUAACCACUCGGGUGGCCAAAUGCUUGAUGAUGAUCCGUUGAUGAUCGAUUGGAUCUACACGUUGUGCAUUGCUCAGUUGUGA